AUGGGCGCGAAGAUGGCGGCCCCGCUGCCCUACCUCUCUCUACCAAUUUUGGACGAAUUGGUUAAAUCUGUUGAGACCAAACCUGCUGAUGAGAAUGCCGUCAAGUUAAUGGCUUCGGGGAUUUUAAACCACUACUUUUCGGUUGCCAAUGGCUAUAUUGCGACUCCUGAACGAACCCCGGAUGGUAAUUCCCCCGACUCCAUCACUCUUCGCAUUCGACGUUAUCUGCCCCGUACACAGAGUUUCAUGGAUCACGCUGUUGCCGACAUUGUACCUAUGGGCGACCCAUUGCCCCUAUUGUUCGCCCAGCUCGAGAGCACUCCUGAAAAUUGCAACGCCGAUGCAUCAAUAUGUUGGAAGAUGAAAUUUUACGCUUGCACCAUUGAAUUCUACGAAGACCACCACUGCCUAGAACACCCGGGUCUUGUACCAUACCCCGCUCCAAAACACAACAUAUACCAUUUGCGGACCGAUUCUGAGGUAAUUGAUAUGAUGUUGAGGCAGAUGACAGAGCGUAACGUUCGAGGCCAGAUCAUAAAAACCACGAAUAUUUCGGAAAAUUAA